AUGCGUCGGAUAAAUCACCAGAUACCAUUCUUCCCAUAUCGCUUCCUUUUCCUGUACUUCGAACCCUUUGCCGCCUUCGCCGGCGCACUCAAAGUCGUCCUUACUCCGGUGUCCUAUCUCCAAGUGUUCUCCCCGAGCGCCACGUCCACGACGUACAAUCCGCUCGAGCAGCCCAUCUACGACCAGGUGGGCGCCCUGCUGCUGUUGUUCGCCUGGUGCCAGGCGGUGGUGCUACGCGUUGCUGGGGAGGAUGUGCGAGUCUGGAAAUCCAUCCUGUUUGGCAUGUUCUUAUGCGAUUGCGUGCAUUUGGCAUCACAAUAUCGAAUCUUGGGCUGGGAGGUGUUUGUCAACCCGAGCAGAUGGAGGAUGGAGGAGUGGGUUAAUUUCGUAAUGUUGUAUGGACCUGGAAGUCUGCGGUUGGCUUUUUGCGCCGGUUUGGGGCUCGGUGAGGAUGGAUCCAGGGUGAAACGCGCAGCCAAAGGUGAUUGA